AUGUCGCUCUUCGUUCUCGCCGAAACGCCGGCAGGCUAUGGCCUGUUCAAGGCCGCUGAUAAGAAGAUGCUCAAGAACGAGGAACUCGCUGCUGAGCUUGGCCGACCCGAGAAGGUCGUCGAAAUGCUCAAGCUGAAGAAGUUUGUCAAGUUCGACAGUGCCGCUACCGCCCUCGAAGAGGCUGCCUCGCUCAAGGAGGGCAAGGUCCCCGAGCUUCUCACCCAACUCCUCGACGACCUCAAGUCCGAGAAGAAGGCUUCGCUCGCCGUUGCCGAUAUGAAGCUGGGCACAGCUAUUUCCAACUUGCCCUCGCUUAACAUCUCCCCUGUCUCUGGUUCCAACACUAUGGAUCUCUUCCGAGGCAUUCGAGGCCAAUUGGCCAACCUCAUCCCCGGCUUGGUCGAAGAGAACUUUGACCGCAUGGCUCUGGGUCUCUCUCACUCCAUGUCGCGUCACAAGCUCAAGUUCUCUGCCGACAAGGUCGACUCCAUGAUCAUUCAGGCCAUUAAGCUUCUCGACGAUCUUGACAAGGAGCUUAACGUUUACGCUAUGCGAACCAAGGAGUGGUACGGAUGGCAUUUCCCUGAGAUGGCCAAGAUUCUCAAUGACAACUUGGCCUACGCUCGUGUCAUCCUAGCUGUUGGCAUGCGCACCAGCAUCGCUGACUCCGACCUCUCUGAGAUCCUCCCUGAAGAGAUUGAGGUUUCUAUCAAGGCUGCUGCCGAGAUCAGCAUGGGUACUGAGAUCACUGAGGAGGAUCUUGAGAACAUCAAGCUCCUGGCCGACCAGGUCAUCGUUUACCAAAACUACAGGGCUCAGCUCUCUAGCUACUUGGAAAGCCGCAUGCGCGCCAUCGCUCCUAACCUGACUGCUCUGGUUGGCUACCUCGUUGGUGCCCGCCUUAUCGCCCACGCUGGAUCCCUUAUCAGUUUGGCUAAGUCUCCUGGUUCCACCAUCCAGAUUCUCGGUGCUGAGAAGGCUCUUUUCCGUGCUCUGAAGACCAAGCACGAUACACCCAAGUACGGUCUCAUCUACCACUCUUCGCUCAUUGGACAGGCCACUGGCCGAAACAAGGGUAAGAUCGCCCGUAUGCUGUCUGCCAAGGCUGCUCUUGGUCUCCGUGUCGACGCUCUUGGCGAGGCUGAAGAUGAUGAGGACGAGGAGGAGCGUGCCAUUCUCGGUCUCAGCAACCGUAUCAAGCUCGAGAACCACCUCCGCAAGCUCGAGGGUAAGCCUCUUCUCCCCAAGGGUGCCAAUGUUACUCCUUCUGGCGAGAUCGUUGGUGCUGGUCAGUUCACUGUCAAGGAGACCCGCCGAUACAACGGCGAUGCCGAUGGUGUUGCCGACGACGACGAGGAGGCCAACGGCACCACUCCCGCCAAGAAGAUCAAGAAGGCCAAGAAGCUUAUUGAGGAGGUCGACGAGGAGAUGAAGGACGCCGAUGACGACGAGAGCGACGAUGCCGCCACUCCCGCCAAGCCAAAGAAGCUUUCUGAGGCUGACUACGAGCGUCUUGCCGAGGAGGCCGGUAUUUCCGUCAAGAAGUUCAAGCGCAAGUACGAGCGAGGCGAUGUCGAGCUGAACGAUGAUGGCACACCCAAGGUUGUCAGCAAGAAGGAGCUCAAGAAGCUGCGCAAGGCCGCUGAAGCCGCCGAGAAGGGCACACCUUCCAAGUCCCAACCCGCCGAGGAGACCGACGGCAAGAAGAAGCGCAAGCACAACGACUCAGAAGAUGAGGCUGAGCCCAAGAAGGAGAAGAAGCAGAAGAAGAAGAAGCGUCACUCUGAGGCUUAG